UUUCACGCGGAGGUCUCCCAGAAUUUGUUUGCGUCCGCCCAAGCAAACUGUACGUACGAGCCGAGGCGCCUCUAGUCUCGACCCAAGGACCAAGGACGGCGGACGCGGCAGGCCGAACAGGACAUGGAUACGCAGGUCGUCCCGGCCGGCGCCGGUGGCGGCGCGCUGCAGGCGUGGUUGGAUCGCGCGGGCGUCGGCAGCGGGGUGGCGGCCCUCAGGGCGGCCGUUGAGGGCGCCAGGCGGCUGCUCGCCGCCGCCGCGGCGCGCCGCGGCGAGCUGCAGAACAUGCCCUUGGAGGGGUUCCUGAAGCAGCUCGACCGAGAGGUGUUCCGGGCCGACACGCUGCUGGACGAGCUGGACUACCACCGCAUCCGGGAAGAGCAAGAGGCGGAUGCCGCCUUCGUCGGCGAGCAGUUUGUGGGCAGCCUUACGGACCAAAUGGAACAUGGAGAAUGGGGCCAUGGCAGCAAUUCUGAUUCAUCGCAGAACCACUCCAUUGUUGAUCCAUCAGCCUCCGAUUCAUCUAGACUUCAGCUUGUCUUGUACAGUGCCAAUGCAAAUUCUUUGGUGCCGUGGAUGGAACUAGAGAAGAACGACAUCUUAGAUAGGAUAUACAAACAUGUCAAUGAACUCAAUGAGAUGCAACAUGACGCACGAAAGGCACUCAAGCUUGAGGAGCUGGACUUCCUUGCUCACAGAAUGGACCCUCCAGAUAUGGACUUCAGGGAGACAACUCCUCUUGUCACUGAACCCAAAAUUUAUGGGAGGGAAAAAGAGCAGUAUCAAAUAAUCAACAAACUUAUGACUAGUGAAACAGAUGACGGAUACGUAUCAGUUUUCGCCAUUGUUGGGAACGGCGGCAUUGGCAAGACCACUUUAGCUCGUCUGGUGUAUAAUGAUGCUAUCGUUGGAAGGCAUUUUCUGCUAAGGAUAUGGAUCUAUGUAUCUGUUAAUUUUGAUGAAGUUAAGCUUACACACGAUUUGUUAGAAUGCUUAUAUGGUGAUAGAUUUGAGGGAAUUGAUGACUUGAAGAAGCUCCAAAAGUACGUCCAGGAUGGUGUCAAGUCCAGAAGGUUGCUACUUGUUAUGGAUGACAUAUGGGAAGACCAUGACACAAGUCGAUGGGACACAUUCCUAGCUCCUCUUCAACAGACUCAAGUCAAGGGAAAUAAGAUUUUAGUGACUACACGGAAAUUUUCUGUUGUGAAAAUGAUAGGUGCAAAGGAUGAAAUUAAGCUAGAUGGUCUGAUGGAAGAGAGUUUUUGGUCUUUAUUCAAAGAUUAUGCAUUUGGGAACAUGAGACCACAGAAGAAACUAAUACAUAUUGGGCGUCAGAUAGCAAAGAAACUGAUGGGAUAUCCUUUAGCAGCUAAAACUGUUGGAACCCUACUAAGAAGAAAACUUGAUGUUGAGCAUUGGAGGAGAGUUCUUGACAGCAAUGAAUGGAUAUAUCAAGGAAGCAACGAGGACAUCCUACCAGCACUGAGGAUUAGCUACAACCAUCUGCCCUUACCUCUUCAACGGUGCUUCUCAUAUUGCGCACUGUUCCCUAAGAAUUACCAUUUCAACACUGAACAAUUGGUCAACAUAUGGAUUGCACAAGGUUAUGUUUGUCCCAAAGGAAGCAAAAGAAUAGAAGAUGUAGGAUGCGAGUACUUCAGUGAGCUCGUGGACUGUGGGUUUAUUCAAUAUGAACCAACAAGGCUCGCUCACAUCAUGCAUGAUCUUAUUCAUGAUUUAGCACAGAUGGUUUCAUCUGAUGAAUGUUUUACUAUAGAAGCCCUUGGAUCUAGAACAGCACCAAAGCUUAUUCGCCAUGUCAGUGUUAUUACAGAGUCGGCAUAUCGUCCAAAAGGAGAUGGCAGUAUGGCACCUAACGAAUCGUUCGAAGAAGAAUUUGUUGAAGCUAUUGGCUCAUUCCAACCCAAUAACUUGGGCACAGUUAUGUUGAUUGGUCGAUAUGAUUCAAACUUUUCUGAAGCAUUUCGAGACAAAUUUGAUGAGUUCAGAGCCAUUCGUGUAUUGAAACUUGAAAUGAUGUUUGAUGGUUUGGGUUCUCUGAUAUGUAACCUUUCAGCAUUUAUCCAUCUUCGUUAUCUGGAGCUGCGUGCUGCUUAUGCAACUUCAAAUUUGCAGCUGCCGGAGUCAUUAUCUAAGCUGUACCAUCUAGAGGUCCUCGAUAUAAAUGUAAGACAUAAUUGGGGAUCUCACACAGAGUUACCAAGAGGGUUGAACAAUCUUGUAAACCUGCGCCACUUUCUCGCCUUUGAGAAUUUGCAUAUGAAAAUUGCUGAUGUUGGUAAAUUGAAAUUUCUUCAAGAGCUCAAGGCAUUCAAAGUCAGGAAGAAGAAAGAGUUCAGUAUAGAUCAACUAAGCACUCUAAUGGAGCUUAGAGGAUCACUGAAAAUAUAUGGUCUUGGAAAUGUUGAGAGUAAAGAGGAGGCUAUGAUGGCUAGACUGAAGGACAAAGUACAUUUGAGCAAUUUACACUUAUCAUGGGAAAAAGGGCAAGACAAUACUGCUUCUCACACAAUAGUACUUGAAGGACUUCAACCACACACAACCCUCAAGUGUCUCCGAAUUGACGGACAUAGAGGUGCUCCUCCCAAAUGGGUAACCACAGAUUUUCCACUUACGUCCUUGCGGUCUCUUCAUCUGGAGGGUUGCCAGAACUGGGUAGCACUUCCACCUAUUGAGAAGUUGCAAUUCCUUAGGGAGUUGCACUUGAUUCGUUUGUUUAAAAUCAGAGAAGUGCUCAUUGGUCCCUUGGAGGUGUUGGAGCUACGUGAGAUGAGUCGAUUGAAAAAGUGCACUGUGUUAGAUGAAGAAUACUCAUCCAAAAGUAUACGUGUUCUUGAAAUUAUGUCAUGUCAUCACUUGAACAGGUUACCCUUUUUGCAGAAUUCUUGUGACGACGAGAAUGAGCAACGAUUACCAAAUCUCCACCGAGUUCAUAUUCAUGACUGGCUAGAAUCUGAAGACUUACCAGCACUUCCUGUCACCAGAACAUCAACUGAUUUAGACAUUUCAAAUGCUGGAUCCAUUACAUCCAUGUCAUUCCGUCUCAAACAUGCAGUUGACUCAGAUGGGCUAAUCCUAAUAAUUAAAGGUGGUCCCCAUCUAAGCAGUUUGGAUGAGAAAUUGCUUGCAUUCCAUAAUCUCACUACUGUAGAAGAAAUAGAAAUUACCGGGUCUCCAAAUCUAUCUCAUCUUGCUUGGAACAGCUUGCAGCAGUUGACAUUCCUAAAAAGGUUGACAUUGUCAAGUUGCCACAAGGUAUUCUCUUCGUUCCCAACUGGAUACAGUCUACCACCUUCACUUGAAGAUCUUGAUCUGUCAAGGUGUGAUAUAACAGGGAGUCAACUGUCUCGAGUGCUGGUUAGUCUUACUAAUUUGUCAAGCUUGAAAAUAGCAUUCUGUGAUAAGAUAACAUCAUUGGCUGUAGGCUUGUUAACAAAUGAAAUCAACCUAAUGCCAGGAGGCUUAUGUCACAUCCCACUUCACAGUUUGAUGAGGAUGCAGAAGUUGCACAUCUCAUCCGACAUGCAUUUCUUGAGCAAGAAGGGCCUAGGAGAACUUGUUUCCCUUAAAGAUUUGGUUAUUAAAGGUUGUGCCAAGCUUCUCACCACCAUGGUUCUCCAAGCAGAAAUAGAAUCAAACAAUAGCAUCAUUCUCCCUUCUUCAUUGCUAAAUUUAAUGAUUGAUUAUUUGCCAGACAAGCUAUUGGAGCACUCGAGUCUCACCUCCCUUGUUCAGCUAGACUUGGAGCAGAGUCCUAGUUUAACAUCAGUAAACCUGCAUUCCUGCACAGCAUUACAGAAAUUAGUAAUAAAAAAAUGCGACUUGCUAGCUUUAUGUGAAGGUCUUCAGUCCCUUACCCGUGUCAGCACAAUGAUUGUAAUGGACUGCCCAAGCAUGAUGUCUUUGGCGUUGCAGUCUUGUUUGGCAUUAAGGCACCUGCAUGUUCAAGGCUGUCAUGCAUUAUAUACACUAGAGAGCUUAGUGUGCCUUCCAUUACUUGCUGAAUUGCAUCUAAUCGAGAAUCAAAAUUUGGUUUCUCUCAAGUUGCAUCCUCAUGCUGCACUGGAGAGCCUGAACAUUCAAGAAUGUCCUUCACUGUCUUCAUGGGAGAACUUGAAGUCCUUUGCACAUCUUGUUAACUUGGAAAUCCGAAAUACUCCUGGUUUUGUGUCAGCGUGGAACCAUAUGGCUCAAGAGGCUGAACUUGCCCAUCAAGAGUUGUGCUUACCCCUUCAGACACUUCACAUUGAUGACAUCAGUUUUCUCACAACAGCAGUGUGUAGGAACCUGGUUUCUCUUAAGGAACUACGCAUCGGUCUCACUUUGGAUUUUGACGAUGUCGACUGCCGGAUGAGAAGAUUCACAGAUGAGCAGCAGGAAGCACUACAACUUCUUAACUCACUCCAACGGCUUGAGCUGUUGUCCAUGACGUAUCUUCAGAUGCUUCCCUCAGAGUUGCAUCGCCUUCCCUCUUUGCAGUAUUUGAUUAUAAAGAAUUGUGAGAGCAUCAAGUCGCUACCAGAAAAGGGUCUUCCAGAUUCGCUCAAGCUUCUUGAUGUCGACAAAUGUAGCACAGAACUAUAUGAACAAUGCCAACACGUAAGAGGCCUCCAAUGGUUGUACAUCCGCGGCCGUAAACAAGGAAAGGGCUAGCUUUUAUCUGGAGGUAUGCUAUGUUUUUCCUUUAUUAUCAAAAUCUUUUUAUUAACAUAAAACUAGAAAAAUCAAAACUUAGUAGAAUAGGCACCUUUUUGGUCAAUCCUUAGCAUGCAUUUCUUUUGGAUUCAAUGAAGGUUUUUUUUUUUCAUUCUAUGAAUCUUUACGUUGAUUUACUGCAAGGUGCAAUUGUUUCAUAAGUAACUUAGUACUUGCAAAGAAUGAAGAACAAAGGAUGAACUUCCAGCGCUUUGUGCAGUGGAAGCUCCAUAUUAUGCACCAUAUUUCCAUCUCCAUCAACAAUAUGUUUGGUCAAAUUUAUUGUGCACUACAAAACCACCUUAAUUUCAACAUAUGCAAUUGAUAAAAGGUAAAAACAACUAAUGUAUACACAUUAAUUGAAACUUGAAACUUAACACCUCACUCUCUAUCAUUAGAAUAUGUAUUAAACUUAAGAAUUCUAAAAUUUCACAAUUAUUGUUGAAUAAUUUCUUUUUUUAGGGAAAUACAGUAGGGGAGGCCCCUAAUGUUGUAUAUAUUAUAAUUUCUUAACAAUUUAAUUUAUCUAAUGCAAACCAUUCUUCCGAAGUUCAAAACUAAAGGGGGAAGAAUGCAAUUUCCUUUGAGAUACUUAACAUAUUGGCAUUUUCAGUGAUGAUGACAGACUUAUGGUUCCAUUGAUCAUUUAUUCUCAAUCAUCAUUAUGAAACCAUAGAAUUUUUAUUCAAUACGACUGAUGUUCAUCUGCCAAUUUACUUCUUGCUUACAGAUUCGCUAUAUUAUGGUUCCUUUUGUUGUUCAUCAUUGAUUUCUAAUGUUUUCACCAAUUUGAUUAACCCGAGAGCAUAUCCGACAAGUGAUGGGAAUGGCUCAUCUUCUACCCAGCUGUAUUAUGCACAGUACAAAGUUACAUACUUUACUUAUAUUCUUCUUUUGGGCAGAGUAAGUUAUUAGCCUUUUGGUUCAGCUUGCUGAACCAUAUGUUGAAACAGUAACACUGUGUUUGCAUUUCUAAAUUUUCAGUGCUCAUUUUUAUAGCUUUGUUACACAAGUAUAUGGUGUACGAUUAUACAUGUAUGCCUUUUUCUUUUGCCUGAAGCAUACCUGGGAUUCUGGGGUUCCUGAGUUUAAAUGGUGCUGCUCUUUGCGAAUAUGUAGAUCCACAUUCUGUACUUCUAAAAGGACUCAGAUGAAAGAACAAAUUUCUAUGAUCCGUGCACUUCUUUCGUGGCUAUAUGUAAUAUAAAGGGUCUCAUAUAUAUAGAGAAUUAUAUUGGGGUAUGUGGAGGUGUGUUAAUAUGCAAGAUAAUCCUGUGCUUACUCUUCAUUUUAAUUUUUAGUCCUACUGAAGAUUUCAAAUAAGUUGGGCACGAGAAUAUGACGUAUGCUCUUCAAUCUAGUUCCUGAUCUUUACUCAUGUUUUUGUUUUCUAACAACAAAGGGGUGAGAACUAAGAGCUGAAAGAGAUCGAAGUCAAAUGUUAUUUUGUUCAGAACUUCGAAGCAGGGUCUUCCUUCAGGUAAACUAAUGAUAUCUUUUUUUCCCCCAGAACUUAGAAACAGCGACUUCUUUUUUUUAUUUUUGUGAGGUUUUCACGAAGAUCCUCACAUUAAGUUUUUAAUGAGGCAACAAGUGCGAUAUAAGUAGCAUGCACACUGCAUACUUUUGAUCUCCAGUCGUUUCUUCUCACUGGAUUGUCAGGAGUUUUUAAUAAAACACACACACCUCUUCAGGGAUGCGCUCAGCUCAGCGAGCCAGCCAUACGGCACGGUGGGCUCGCGUGCCCGGUUGCCGACUUGACUUGGAACUUGGAAGUCAAGGUAAAUGGGCUCAUACCAAAUUGGGGACGAAAGUUGCUGGAAAUGGAGGCACAAUAUGGAGAGCUAGCACUUUCUAUAUUGAGCGCGCCGAUCCUUUUCGCUAAUUGUUGUAGUAAUCUGGCGUUUAAUGUUCUACUUCAUGCAAGCAUGAGAGAAAUGUAAUGAUGAGAGUUAAUAAAGCUUUUUU